GGAGAUUCCUGGCGAGUGGGCCGUUGGAUUUGAGUAUCUUUAAAAACAAAGGAUCAGGAGCAGAGGCCAGUGGGAGUGGAGGAGCAUGAGGAGAGUAUACAUGCAGGGAUAAAGCAACAAGCCUCCCUGUCGCCUUAGCAGGGUGCAGGUCAAAGGUUACUGAAUGAACUUGUAUUGGAAAAGCAUGCGAUCUCAUUGAUUACACAAGUCUGAUUAAGAGCAUGUAGCAGCAGACUCUCUGGACCUUACUAAAGAAGGAGCACAUGGUUUCAGUCCUAAACCACACAUCUGCAGUCUGAGUUGAAUUUAUUUCUGAACUGAUUUUUUUUUUUUUUUUUCAAAAGCACAAACCCAGAACAACUGUGAAGCCCAGAAUCUUUAACCACAUAUGCAGCCGAGGUUUUCAGGAAUUGGAGUCAUGCAUAUUUUCAGCUCACAUUUAUCUUCACAGAAUCUUUCUGGAUAUGAACAAAGACCGAUGGCCAAAACAGGACAUAGCUGAAUGCUUCUGCCUUUUGAGAAACUGUGCAAAGAAACUUUCCACUCAACUGCGGUUGUUAUUCUGCUGAGAUAUUUUGAAGCUUGAUACGUGUAUAAUUUGCUUUUUUACGGUGUUCUCACCAUUUUUUUAAACAAUUUUUGUGUUGUUGUUUUUUUCUGAUUCUGGAAACAUACUUUUUGAACCCGGAGAAGCCAUGAACUUGGGUAAGCUUGUCGGCCUGAAGGGCCUGGUUUCCCACUCCUCAGGAAAGCGUCGAUUUAAAGGUGACCUCACCCCAGACAUGAUCAGCCCCCCAUUGGGCGACUUCCGCCACACCAUGCAUGUGGGCCGUGGAGGGGAUGUGUUUGGGGACACCUCGUUCCUCAGCAACCAUGGUGGAGCAGGAAAUAACGCAGAUGGAGACUCUUGCACUUCAGAGAAGAAUGAGGGAUUCUUCUCUCGCACACUUCGCCAUGUCCGCAGGACCCCCGAAAGGCCCCGCGGCAGCUCCAAGGACCUUUCACCCCCACCUCCACCCAUUUCUCCAAUCAUAAAGAAUGCCAUUUCCCUCCCCCGGCUGGACGUGGACUCACCCAACGGCUGUCCUGUGAAAGUGCUUUUCCCUAGUUCACCCAAAACACCAGAGAACUCCACAUACUUGUACGGUUUGGAGUCUGGCUUUGUAACCUUGCCGAGACUGUCCCGCACUGAGCGUCCAGCCCAGGGCAGUUCUCCCUCAGCCUGCCUGCCUGAAAUCCACAGAGGCUCACUCACGGACACGGGUAUCCCGUCCUUCCCCUGUUCAGACUCCAUCAGUCCUUCUGACUCCAUGAACUCCUUCACUCUUGACCUGGGCCCUUCCCUCAUGUCUGAAGUCUUUGCCAUGAUUGACAGCCCUGUGUGUGAGAAGGCUGAUCCCAUCAGUGAAAAAACACAGUCCACCGAUGAUAACUCUGAGGUGGACUCAGACGCAACCACAUCUUUGGUGGACUCUCUCCUGAGAGAAGAUGAUGACGGUAGGACACGGUUAUAUGGAGGAGAGUGGAAGCAUUCAGACUUUGUAAAUAGUGAGUCACCCAAAAAAUCCAUGCUGGGGGAUUGGAUGCGCUCCAUGUCCAUUGAGGAUCACGGCAUGAAGCCAGAGAGUUUCCAGAGGGCUGCUGAUGUGCUGGCACGUCAUUAUGGGAGUGGAGGACUCAGGAAUACAAACACCAACAACUCUCAUAGGAGAGGACCAUACAGCUAUCCUGAAGAAGAGGAAGAAAUCAAAGUCUAACACUAUGAGACGCCUAUCGUCCAAAUCGUACAGCACUUUUAAAGGGAUACUUUAAAAGUCAAAAAUAAA